AUGAUACGACAAUGCUUCCUACGAUGUUUACUAGAUUCGCAUUCACCUAUUAAAUUACCACAUAAUGUAGACGUUAUAGUGGGACGCAGUAAAAUUACUAAAAUAAAAGACCAGUCCUGUUCUCGUCAGCAGAUUACUUUAAAAGCCGAUUGUGAAGAAUGCUCUGUCGAAUUAAAAUCGAUUGGUAUUAACCCAUCAGGUCUGGAUGGUUUUGCUCUAGAGAGAAAUGGCUUGUAUAAAGUACAACAUGGCAGCAGGGUAGAGAUUUUAUUAAACAAUUAUAUUCAUGUAAUUGAGUUUGAACCACCACCUGAUAAUUACAAUGAACAAAAACAGAAUAAAAGGAAACUGGAAGAAGACAUUGUGGAUUCAGCUCCACGGAAGAAAUCGAAAACUGAAGCUGAGUUAAUUAAAGUCGGUAUGAAAGAGGCUGCAAGAGAUAUGUGGGAAGAAAUUGAUAAAGGCGAAGUGUAUAUGUUUACGGCUAAGGGAGUAAAAUCUAGUAGUAGAAUAGCAGCUUUUGAUAUGGACGGAACAUUGAUAAAGACUAAAUCGGGGAAGGUUCAUCCCGUUGACGUCAAUGAUUGGCAAAUCGCCAUGCCACAAGUCCCACAGAAGCUGUCGGACAAACUCGGUGAAGGUUACAAGAUUGUGAUACUAAGUAAUCAAUCACCAAUCGGAAGUGGCAGAGUUAAAAUUGAUGAUUUUAAGAAGAAAAUUGAGGGUCUAGUCCAGAAAUUAAAUGUCCCAAUACAAGUGUACUUAGCUACAGGUAAAGGAAUUUACAGAAAACCUAUGACAGGCAUGUGGAAACUUUUAUCUGAAAAGUAUAAUGAUGAUAUAGUAAUUGAUAUGGACAAUAGUUUCUACUGUGGAGAUGCAGCAGGCAGAGCUGCCAAUUGGGCUCCGGGAAGGAAGAAAGAUCACUCAAUGGCUGAUAUACUUCUAGCCGAGAACCUGGGACUUAAAUUUUAUACACCAGAGCAGUUUUUCUUAGGACACUCAAUUGCAAAUGUUCCAAUGAGCAAACCGGAAUUCAUACCAAAGGAACUUAAAGCAGAGCCUUUUAAUGAAGAUUUAAUUAGCAAUGAAAAGGAGCUACUUGUUCUGGUAGGCUAUCCUGGUAGCGGAAAAUCAUUUGUAGCAAAAUUAAUUGAACAGAAAUCAGGAAACAGAUAUGUUACAGUGUGUAGAGAUGUUCUUGGUACUUGGCAAAAAUGUGCUUCGGAGGCAACUAAGUUAUUGCAGCAAGGCAAAAGUGUGAUUGUAGACAGCACAAAUCCAGACAUUGAAUCCCGGUCUCGUUGGACCACAUUAGCAAAAAAUUUAAAGGUACAAUGCCGUUGUGCAAGGAUGAUGACAACCAAAGCACAUUCAUUACACAAUAAUAAGUUUAGAGAGAUUAUGAAGUUUAAACAUGUGCCCGUCAAUGAAAUAGUAUUCCAUAGUUACAAGAAUAAAUUUGUUUCACCGUCACUAACGGAGGGAUUUAAGGAAAUCAUAGAAGUCAAAUUUAAUCCCACUUUCAAGGACGAAGAAGCCCAAAAAAUAUAUAGAAUGUAUUUAUUGGAAAAAUAA